AUGCCUUCCGGUUGCCUCAAAGGCACCAAGAUCACGGUCAUCUUUCCUGCCGUGGAGGACCCAAAAUGGACCAAGGAGCGGGUCACCAACUGGAUAGCCGUAGCUGGUGGCAAGCUCAUGACCAAAUUCACCGAUAGUACUACUCACCUAGUUUGCUCUGAGAGGACCUGGAGGAACCAGUCCGGCGUCGUCAAACAAGCGGCCGACAAGGUGAAGAAGGGGGAAAGAAUCUUCAUUGUCAGCGGAGAUUGGCUGCGCGAUACGCUAUUCAACCAGAAAAGGGCUAGGGAAGGGAUCUAUUCUUUCGUCAAAGCUGAUAAGGCUGCUGCUUCCGUGCGCCGUCAACUCCGUCAGCAGGCUCAGGAUGGAGGGUCUCGUGAAGGAAGCCAGGAGAAUAAUGAGCAAUUCGUCUCCGAAGCCGAGAAGAAGAAGAUUGAAGAACGUCUAGCUCGCGAACGUUCAGCAGAGGAGGAAGCUCGGAAGAAGAAAACUGAGGCUGAGAGGGUAGCGAAGAAGGAGCAAGAGGCCCUAUUCCGGCGUGGAGCGAAAAAGGCCAAGAAUGAGAUCUUCUCGCAUAAUCACCACAUCUAUAUGGACCCCAACGACGGCUUCAAGUACGAAAUCACGCUGACUAAGGUGGACACGAGGGCCAACCGCAACGAACGCUUCAUCAUCACCCUCUACGAAACCAACACCGAACCAUCCACCUACGCCACCAACGCCCACUUCGCCGGCACAGCUCUCAUACCGUCGAACAACAUCAUCGCCGCACUCGGCUGCUCGUUGGAAACAGCAAGACAUGUCUUCGAAACCGCCUUUCGCGAGAAGACGGGAGUAGAAUGGGAAGACCGGAUCUCGCACGCCCAAGAACGUCUGAGGAUGGAGAAGCGGGCCCGUGGUCAAGCCACCAACUCCUCUGAUAGCGGGGAAGUCUUAGGCCGAGCAGUCAGCGAGAGUGCCGUCGAACGACGCGAGAAUGCUAAGCUCAAGGCUAUGAUGGAGGAGAAGGAUUUCGAUAAGAAGGUCUUCGAGUACCAUCCUCCUGCUUACGGUGGCGUGGGAAAGAUGCCGGAAGUUCGGGACAACAUGUUUCCUGAUCUGGAUCUUGGUGGGAAAGGCGGAAAGGAGAAAGGAGGAGCAGCGAGAAAUGUGGCUCAGGCUGGUGGGGAUAGGGUGGAGGAGAUUGAGAUGUGGAUGAAUGAUGCUAAUGGUGAGGCUGAAGGUGAAGCUGGGAUGACAUCUCCGAAUCCGGGACAACCGCUUCGCCAGGCCAGCGCAAGUCCCGAUUUCAUUACAGAUGCUGUUCCGCGUGUAGAGACUGGUGAUCACUGGGACGAUUUCAUGCGGGAAGCUGAUCAGAUGGCGGUCGGGCCGGACGACUUUGGGCUUGGCGACACGGCCUAUCCUCUCGGUGAGCAGCAGGAGACUCUCGAGCCUACUCAGAUGGCUACUGAGGUUGCCAAGGGCCUUGAGGACUUCAUGAAGGAUGUGCGGGCCGCGGCGGACGGCGAGACGGUGGUCAAGAAGGCUAAGUUGGGUGGUAUGCUGGAGUUGGGUAAGCGCGAAACCUCCCCGGAGGCCGAGAUGGAGGAUAUUGGUCUGGCGGUUGAGGUGGAGAGCUCGAAGGGUGAGGUUGUGGAGGAGACGCAGGAGGAGCUGAGCCAGGAAAGGUCCGAUGUGGGGAGUCCGAAGGGUGAUAUUGUGCAGGAGACGCAGGAGGAGAUGAUGCGGGAGCAGCUCGAGGCGGAAAUGGAGGAUGCAUGA